AUGUUCUGGCCGAGCUCAUCGACGCAGCGGACGUUCCGGUGCGCCCCCGCGGCCGGCGCUUCCCUCGCUCCGUCCCGAUUUCGCGCUCUGGGCGACCCGACGCCCCCGAGCGCGCGACGUCCGAAGAAGAACGCGCCCGUGGGAAGCAAAGGCGCGGCGCUGAAGCAGCACAUCGACGCGACGCUCGGGAGCGGCAACCUCCGCGAGGCGGUGCUGCUCCCGCCCGGGGAGGAUCUGAACGAGUGGCUCGCGGUCAACACCGUGGACUUUUACAACGCCAUCUCGAUGCUGUACGCGACGUUAGGCGAGUACUGCACGGAUAAGAACUGCCCGACGAUGUGCGCGGGACCGAAAUACGAGUACCGAUGGGCGGACGGCGUCAAGGUGAAGAAGCCGAUCGAGUGCAGCGCGCCGCGGUACGUGGACUACCUGCUCGAGUGGGUCGAGUCGCAGGUGGACGACGAGGCGACGUUUCCGCAAGCCUCGGGCGCGGCGUUUCCGAAAAACUUUCAGAGCAUCACGUCGAAGAUCUUCAGUCGGCUGUUUCGCGUCUACGCGCACAUAUACCACUCGCACUUCAACCAGAUCGUGAGCUUGGGCGCGGAGGCGCACUUGAACACGUGCUUCAAGCACUUUAUAUACUUCACCGGCGCGUUUUCGCUCGUGAAACGCGAGGAGCUCGCGCCGCUCGGGGAGCUCGUGGACGGCAUCUUAGGCGGCGUGCAGAUCCCGGGGGGGUCGCGGGGGUCGGGGUCGGGCGCUGGGGUCCCGAACGCGUCGUGA